AGCUACGCAGGGGUUCAAUUUUGCCCUCCCGUUCCAGGGGCCGUGACACCACACGGACGCCCCGAGGGACCGCGGCCUCCAAGCCGCAGCCGCUCCGAAACGCCAUGGCACCGACGGCCGCUGAGCGCGUGGAGCAGAAGCUUCAGGAAGCGCAGAAAGAAAUGGCGGUGGCCCUAGAGGACUUUGAACGCAAGGAGACUGCGAAGUUUCACAAGAUUUACGAGUCUUUACAAGACCUCUGCACCAAACAGUUCAAGUUAGAAGAGAACGUUGCAGCCAUCGAAUCCGACCUGCGAGCCCAGUUCAUCCCAAUGAUGUCCAUGAACUCGAUGGGUAUGGGACCCUUUCCCAUGGUGAUGUGUGCACCUCAGAUGAUGCAACAAAUGCAACAAAUGCAACAAAUGCCAUACAAUCAGAUGAAUCAGAUGAAUCAGAUGAAUCAGAUGAAUCAGAUGACCCCAAUGACUCAAAUGGGCCAAAUGGGCCAAAUGGGCGUCAUGCCGUUCACCGGCCAAAUGGGCCAGAUGGGCUCGAUGGUCAUGCCGAUGUCGAGCUUCAAGGAAAGCGAUGAGGUCCAAACAGAGAGGACUGAAAGGACCGAGAGUACCGAAGCAGAAACACCUACCGGCUCAGCCGGCUCAACCGAUUCCAUGAAAGAAGUGAAAGAGGUGAAAGAGGUGAAAGACGUGAAAGAGGUGAAAGACGUGAAAGACGUGGAAGAUGGGAAAGUGAGCCAAAUUGAUGAAAUUGGCAGCGUCAAGUGACCUCAGACACGAAUACUUGAGUCAGACGAGGCAGACGAGUUUGAGGAGACUCGACUCGUCACAACUCGUCGACGGUGACAGACCGUAAGAUGACCUGACCGUCCUUGACCCUCCUCCCAAAAAUUCUGUAUAGUAGCAGAUUCCCUGAGUUGAGCCUUUUUUGAGGCCUAGUUUUGGCAGCACAGAUGCUGCGUCAAGCUCUGGGUAUUGCAAAUUCAAUCUCAAAAGUCGUUCACAGCAGCGUCGAAGCGAACGCACAAAAGGAGUGC